ACCCUGCUGGCCCCAAAGUCUUCUAUAAUACAACUAUACAAAGCCACUGGACUUUCCACAUAAUAUUAUUUCUCUCUCUAAAAACUCACACUCAUUAUCACAAACAAACAACAAGAAUAAGAAGAGAGAGAAAGAGAAGAAAUGGGAAGAGCACCAUGUUGUGACAAAGCAAAUGUGAAGAAAGGUCCAUGGUCUCCUGAAGAAGAUGCAAAACUCAAACAAUACAUAGAAAAAUUUGGCACUGGUGGUAAUUGGAUUUCUCUACCUCAAAAAGCUGGUUUAAAGAGGUGUGGCAAAAGUUGCAGAUUAAGAUGGCUUAAUUACUUAAGACCCAAUAUUAAACAUGGGGAGUUUUCUGAUGAAGAAGACAGAAUUAUUUGCAGUUUGUAUGCUAGUAUUGGAAGCAGGUGGUCGAUAAUAGCAGCACAAUUACCAGGAAGGACAGACAAUGAUAUCAAAAACUACUGGAAUACUAAGCUUAAGAAGAAACUUAUUAGCACCAUGAACAACAACAACAACAACACAUCAAAAAAACCACAUCAAAAUCAUCAUCUUUAUCAUCAAUAUUAUCCUAUGUUCCAAAAUCACUACCCUUUAUCUCUUUCAUCACCAUCAUCUUUGUUAUCACAUGCUAUCUCACCUUCAUCUUCAUCAUCCUACCAGUGCACUAGCACAUAUUAUAAUGAUUCCCCCUCAAAUUCUAUGACUAUGUCUUUUACUCAAGGUUGCUACAAUAAUAUUUCUCCUACCUCAAAUAAUAACAAUAAUAAUACCCUAAUUCUCAAGCAAGAUUACCCACAUCAGAUGUUAAAAGACAAUAGUACCCUUCUUGUAUUUGGUGGUGAUCAUCAUCAAAAUCAUCAAAAUCAACCUAGUAGUUGUAGUUCUGAUGGGAGUUGCAGUAUCACUCAAAUGAUUACUAAUCAAGUCAAGCAAGAAGAUCAUCAUCAUGAUAAUAAUAUUCAGCAUCAGCAAAAUAAUUAUGGUGGGCAAGUUAGUGUAAACUAUCAUCAAGGGAAGAGAUUAAGUGAUGUUAAUCAUGAUGGAGAUCAUCAUAAUAAUACUGAUCAGAUGUUGGUGGAUCAGAAGCCUUCCUGUGUUACAACUACUACUGCUGGAUUAUGGGGGCAAAAUAGUCAAAACACUUCAUUGUUGUUAGACUAUGGUUUAGAAGAGAUUAAGCAACUAAUUAGCACUAACAUUAAUGUUGAGAACAACUUCAAUUACUUUGGUGAAAACAAAGCUGAAGAGAAAGAUACCAAGGUGAUGUACUACUAUUAUUGAUAAUUAUAUAUCAGAAGUAUGAAAAAUAUUACAUUAUGGUAA